AUGGGCAAACCAUUCGCACGUCUUGCCUUUGUCUUGGCCGGUGCUACGGAGGUGCAUAGUGCUACUGCCCGCGGGCUGAGUACCACUGGUUUUUGUCUGGCAGGAUACGGGCCUGCCCCAGUUAGGAUUGAAGGACAAGGACAUGGUGCAGUUUUUGACUGCAAGUGCUCUCCUGAUGGACAGCAUUUUGCAUGUACUGAUUCUCACGGUCACCUGCUGAUUUUUGGCUUUGGUUCCAGUAGCAAAUACGACAAGAUAGCAGAUCAGAUGUUCUUUCAUAGUGAUUAUCGGCCCCUUAUCCGUGAUGCCAACAACUUUGUCCUGGAUGAACAGACACAGCAGGCUCCACACCUUAUGCCUCCCCCAUUUUUGGUUGAUGUGGAUGGCAACCCUCAUCCUGCGAGGUAUCAAAGACUAGUUCCUGGUCGAGAGAACUGCAGGGAGGAACAGCUUAUUCCUCAGAUGGGAGUGACAUCUUCAGGAUUGAAUCAAGUUCUUAGUCAACAAGCAAAUCAGGAAGUUAGUCCACUGGAUAGCAUGAUACAGAGACUUCAGCAAGAGCAGGACCAGAGACGUUAUGGGGAGGCCGGAACCAGUAGUACCAGCCGGAUAAGCAGAGGAUCUGUAAGUUCUACCUCAGAAGUACAUUCACCACCAAAUAUAGGAUUAAGACGUAGUGGGCAAAUUGAAGGCGUGCGUCAGAUGCACAGCAACGCACCGAGAAGUGAAAUAGCCACUGAGCGGGACCUUGUGGCUUGGAGUCGAAGGGUUGUAGUGCCUGAACUGUCUUCUGGUGUGGCCAGUAGGCAGGAAGAAUGGAGAACAGCAAAGGGAGAAGAAGAAGCUAGAGUGUAUCGAUCAGAAGAGAAAAGAAAACACGUUUCGAGUCACAUUCAAAGAGAAAACAAAAUACCUGCGUUCUCUAAGAACCAUUCCCAUGAUCAUUUAUUAGACACUAGUGACUCGAGGAAACAGCAAGCUAACCAGCACAACUACCGUACGAGAUACGCAGUAGAGGAAACUGCACGGCCUGCUGAAGAGUUAGAAAAUGGACACAGUUCCUCAGAUGAAGGAGAAGUAGUUGUUGCCAGUGGUGGAACAUCAGAAGACGAUGAAAGAGCGUGGCACAGUGAUGGCAGUUCCAGUGACUAUUCCAGUGAUUAUUCUGACUGGACAGCAGAUGCAGGAAUCAAUCUGCAACCACCAAAGAAAAUUCCUAAAAUUAAAACGAAGAAAGCUGAAAGUAGUUCAGAGGAUGAAGAAGGACCUGAAAAACAAAAGAAGCAAAUUAAAAAGGAAAGGAAAAAAGGUAUUGAGGAGAAAGAUGGACCAUCAACAUCACCAAAGAAGAGGAAACCCAAAGAGAGAAAACAAAAGAGGUUGGCUGUGGGAGUUCUGGCAGAAAAUGGUUUGACGCUGGAAGAAUGGCUGCCUUCAGCAUGGAUUACAGACACCGUUCCUCGUCGGUGCCCGUUUGUGCCACAGAUGGGGGAUGAGGUCUACUAUUUCCGACAAGGUCAUGAAGCAUACGUUAUAAUGGCUAAGAAGAACAAAAUAUAUAGUAUUAAUCCCAAGAAACAACCAUGGCAUAAAAUGGAAUUACGGGAGCAAGAGCUGAUGAAAAUAGUUGGGAUUAAGUAUGAAGUGGGAUUGCCUACUCUCUGCUGUCUUAAACUCGCCUUUCUUGACCCUGACACGGGUAAACUAACGGGAGGAUCAUUCACCAUGAAGUACCAUGAUAUGCCAGAUGUCAUAGACUUCCUAGUUCUGAGGCAGCAGUUUGAUGAUGCAAAACACAGGAGAUGGAAUAUAGGUGAUCGUUUCAGGUCAGUGAUAGACGAUGCUUGGUGGUUUGGAACAAUUGAAAGCCAGGAACCUCUUCAGCCUGAUUAUCCUGAUAGCUUAUUUCAGUGCUACAAUGUCUGCUGGGACAACGGUGAUACUGAGAAGAUGAGCCCUUGGGACAUGGAGCUGAUACCAAGUAAUGCUGUAUUUCCAGAAGAACUGGGGACUAGUGUUCCUUUAACAGAUGAUGAGCGUAGGACGCUGCUUUACAAACCUCUGGAUGGAGAGUGGGGCUCCAGGACCCGAGACGAGGAGUGCGACAGAAUUAUUGCAGGAAUAAACCAGCUCAUGACUCUAGAUAUUGCUUCUGCGUUUGUGGCACCUGUGGAUCUCCAAGCGUACCCAAUGUACUGCACUGUGGUGGCCUAUCCCACAGACCUCAGUACCAUUAAACAAAGGCUGGAAAGCAGAUUUUACAGGCGCCUUUCGUCGUUGAUGUGGGAAGUCCGGUACAUAGAACAUAAUACUCGCACGUUUAAUGAACCCGGAAGUCCUAUCGUGAAAUCUGCCAAGUUUGUCACGGAUCUUCUGCUCCACUUCAUCAAAGACCAGAGUUGCUAUGACAUAAUUCCAUUAUACAAUGCAAUGAAGAAGAAAGUGUUGUCCGACUCUGAUGAGGAAGAAGAGAAAGAUACAAACGUGCCAGGAACUUCCACUAGAAAAAGAAAGGAUCACCAGCCAAAGCGGCGGCUGCGUAAUAGAGCUCAGUCUUACGACAUUCAGUCAUGGAAGAAGGAAAGCCCAGGGCUGUUGCUGAACCUCAUUUUUCAGUGCGAAGACUCUGAACCGUUUCGACAACCAGUGGAUCUCCUUGAAUAUCCGGAUUAUAGAGACAUUAUUGACACUCCUAUGGAUUUUGCUACUGUUAGAGAAACACUGGAAGCUGGCAACUAUGAGUCACCGAUGGAGUUAUGUAAAGAUGUGAGACUUAUUUUCAGCAAUUCCAAGGCCUAUACACCAAGCAAAAGAUCAAGGAUCUACAGCAUGAGUUUGCGCCUUUCUGCUUUCUUUGAGGAACACAUAAGUUCCAUUUUAUCGGAUUAUAAAUCUGCCCUACGCUUUCAUAAAAGAAAUACAAUAAAGAAACGAAGGAAAAAAAGAAGCAGGAGCAGCUCUGUUUCUAGUAGCGUUGGAUCCAG